AUGUCUCAGGAAUCGACCAAUACUCCAACAGGACGAACUCCACCUCCGGGCAAGAAGGUUACCAUUGUUACAGUAGACGAGUCCAGCAUCAUUGAAAGUGGAGUCAGCACAGCAAGAUCUCCCAGCAUGGCCAAGUCCCCCAAUGCGGCCAAAAAUGUGAAGAAAGAUGCCAGUUCAACAAAAACGGCCAGAGAAGCAGCAUCGACGAGAACCGCCAGAGAACCGGCCUCCACCAGAAGUGCCCGAGAACCAGCCUCUACCAAGACUGCCAGAGAACCAAAGUCAGCCAGACGGACCAAAGAGGACGCCAGCUCAUCUAAGAAAAGCAGACGGUCGUCUAAAAAAGGCACAAAACGUGCCAAAUCGACAGAAAAAGAUCAGAAUUCGACCAGAACGGCCAGAGAACCAAAGUCCCUUAGAGAGCCGGCCAAAUCAUCGCAGAACGAGAUGAGUUCAACCAAAAUGGUCAAAGAACCCAUCUCUGGAGGAUCGACCACAGGCAGCACGAGUCCCUUGCUUGUGAAGCCACCAGCCAAGCCCAUUGCUAUGGUUUGGGUAGACGAGUCCACGGAUGACAAAGACGUUUAUGGUACUGCGCCUAGUGGUAAUAGUACUAUCAGUUCUGCAAAGGAACAACGGAAACGCCGCAGAAAGAGAAGACAGGAUCAACCGGUAAAUUUACUUAAAAAUUUUCGUAAAAUGUGUCAGCGACUUUCGUAUAUUAAAGGCUAAUUUUCGUAUUUUAACUAGCAGAAAAUCUAGAUAUUACUGUUUAGCUAAGUUAAGAUUUGAUUUCAGUCGUACACCAGCCUCAACGAACGUGACGCUGCUGACGACGCUACCGUCGUGUCUAGUGUAGCCGACAAUGCAAGUACUCCUGACAAGCUGAGUACAGAUACGUUAAAUUCAAGUUCUACAAAGACUAAGAGCUCGGAAAAACCUACUGUAAGUUGUUAUCAUUAUAUUAAAACAACUUUCUCAUUAUUUUGUUUUUUAAAGUUUAAAAAGAAAAAAAUAAAAAUUCAUAACAUUGUUAACAUCAGAAUUUAACUUCAGAUAAAGUCCACAACAACUGCAAGUCAAAUCAACACGGGAAAGGCCCAACUGGACCAUAUUCACGAAAUGGUACGCCAAAUUCUGACUGAAUCUUACCAAAGUGUCCUCAACGAGUUCUCCAGUGGGGAGAGAUUGACCAACAAGGAAGUUGUAAGUCCAUUCUCCUUGAUCCCUUACAAAGAUUUCGUAUUUUAUGGCGGAAGAUUAAUGUUCCGUUCCAAUUUUAAUAAUUUUUGUCGAAAAAUUGUUUUGAGACAAGUUUCUCCCUCGUUUUUUGAGCAAAGUCUUCAGCUUGUAUAAAAUUCAACUAAACAUGAGAAACGGGCCGGCCUUGACCAAGAUUUCGGUCGGGCCGGGCCUGAAAAAUGAGCUGGGCCCGGCCGGUUCCUUUUUUUAUAAGUUUUUCACAAAAUUUCAAUGAAAUAGGUUGAAUUGAAAGGUUUUUAAGAUUAAAGAGUAUUUGAAUUUAUUGUAGAAACUGUAUUUUAUCUAUUGUUGCAGCCUUGUGCCGAGAUUCGCGACUUGGAAGCCUUGAAGAGGGAUCUACAUGAACAUUGUGAGAAUGGCAUGCGGAAAGUUGCCAGAAGAGUGUUGAGACGUUUUGUAAGUAAUUUUAGAUAUAAAAGGUUUGUUUAAGGUUAAUUUUCAAUGUUUAUCUCUGGGUAUUAUGUAAAAAGAAAAACGUUGUUAAAGUUUUAUCUAAAAUAUGUGAUGUUGAAACUUUUAAAAACGUUUUUUAUGUUUUGAUUUAGAAAAAAGCUCAUUCUGUGCCAAAAUUUCAAAGCAGCGAAACGGGUUUGGGCUCAACUUCUGAUGAUGAAGGUGGAACUCAAGAAAGCGAAGCUACUUCUGAAUCCGGAAAGAAUCUGUCUGACAGUGUGGGUAUUCAGAAGAAGAUAAGAAAGAAGAAGGACAAAUGGAGUUUUGUUGGUGUUGUAAGUAUUAUAUUUUACUGCUUAAGGCUUUAAAACUUUUAAGUUUUUUAUUUUUUCAAACAAAAAUUGUUUUUAUUUUAAAGUUACAUUGCUUGUGGUGUCAACAAUGUAAUUUUUAGAAGUCGACUCAGAAGGAUAUCCGAGUGAUUAGAGAGACAAACGUGAACGAUGAUGAGAAGACCUUGAAGGACGUUGAAAGCAUCAGGAAACUUCUGAUUCCGAAACGCAGAAAGGGCCAGAAGAACGAGGUGGACUUAUCAGAAGAGAAUUCUUUGGUCAGCAGCCACAAUGGCAGUUAUGCGGACAUUGGGGGAGGAACGGUGAGGUUUUGUUCUGUAUCUACUACAAUAUUUAGGAGUUAUUCAGAUUGUUCUUCUUUAAUUGGCAUUUUACUUUUAGGAGUAAUGUUUCUUGUUUUAGUUAUUGGACAAAGUAAUGUUUUUCGUAAAUUCCGUUUAUAUUAUGACUUGCCUUUUCAUAUUUCAAUAACGAUUUUAGGAUCUGAAUGACGUGAGAAUAGAAAGAUAUCAAUUCUCAGGAACUCCCAACAUUCAGAGCGUUAUCAACUUCGCCAAAGCUACUUUUAACUAUUGGCAGCACAAACAGAAGCCUCAUUACACUGUAGCUCCAAGGUUGAGUGUUCAUAUGAAUGCCAGUAUCAAAGGUAUGGUUUUUCGGGUAAAAUUGAGGUAGAAUAUAUCGUAUACUAAAUAAUUUUUUAUAUUUGAAGUUUCAAAUUUACAUGAAUAUUGUUACUUUUUUGAUUUAUACCGCUUUUGAUGGAAUUUUAACUUCAGAAUCGUGCAAAACUCAUUGUGGAUACCAUCCGAAGCCUGCGAACGAGAGUCAUACUGUGUUUGUGGACAAGACCUGCGGGAAGAAUGUGGUAACGUGGACAAAGGAAAAGGAGGCAGAGCCCACGCUCAAGGGCAUUGGCAUCUGA